CUUUCUUUGGCCUUCUGCUAGAGCGUAGAGUGUGCCAGAGACUUGGAGCUCUUGAAAUUAUGUCAGGAGGACCGGAAGGAUUUGAAGAAACUGUGCAUCGUCUUGAGGCCCCAUCUACCUCAGUUGGUGGCCUGGUAGUGAAGAAGAAAGCCAAGUCCAACUCAGAUGUUGAUCAACAUGUGUUCAAAAAGCCACAAAUUGUACUUGGAUUGCAAGCACUAGCUGCUCAAAAGAGAAAACUUCGUGAAGAGGAAGAAGCAGAAAAGACGUUGGCAAGACGAGCGAAAAUAGAGAGAACUGGAAAGCGAGUACGGGGGGAUGUGGCACUAGAAUUAAGUGGAUCAGCGCGGUUUAGUAAAGGUAGAGAAGAUGGGACGGUUCAGGGAAAAGAUUACAGCUUUAGGAAGUACAGAUCAACUACAAUUGAAACACCAACGCAUACAGGUGGUGUUAGUGAGGAAGCUAGAUUGAGACACUGGAGUCGUCAAGAGAGGGAAAGAGAUAGGCGCGUUGGUGUGUAUGCUACGUCACUUGAGGCAAGAAAUCAAGACCAACAGACAGAGAGAGAUGGAAGAACAAGAAAUGAACGAUCUGGAGAAUCAGCUUGGGAAGCUUCACCUUUGAUCAAGAGAGAAACAGAUUGGGAAGAGAGAACCCCUGGAUCAAGACUAAAAGGGUUGAGAACCCCUUCAAGAACUGGAUGGGAGGAUGGAGACUCAACUCCUAGCCGAUCAAAGUGGGAACAGCCAUCUCCUGCAAGAAUUGGGUCUGGGGACUCUUCAUCUGAUAGAAGACCUGGCAAGAAGUAUCGAUCUAAUGAAACGCCGUUGCCAACUCCCACUUACAAGUAUAAUUCAUGGGCACGAAAAAAGACAAACACUGGAGGCACACCACGAUUUUCAACAGGAGCAACUACUUCUGCACAAACAUCUGAAAGCAAUGGAACUAGUAGCCUCAAUAAGGAGGAUUGGGAAGAAGAACAAAGGAGACUGGACAGGGCAUGGUAUGAUCUAGACUCUGGCUAUGAUAACACUAACAAUCCAUUUGCUGACAUGCCAGAAUCUUAUACGCGUGAACGAGAAGAACAACUGGCAAAAAUGGCAGAAAAGAAGAUGUCUGCUCAACAGCGGCAGAUUCACAAAGACAAUGAGCGAUGGGAGACAAACAGAAUGCUUACUAGUGGUGUUGUUCACCGGCUUGAUUUUGAUGAGGAUUUUGAAGAUGAAAGUGGUGCUAAAGUUCAUCUGCUGGUCCAGAAUCUUGUACCACCGUUUUUGGAUGGUCGUAUUGUGUUUACCAAACAGCCAGAGCCCGUCAUUCCCAUCAAGGAUCCAACUGCUGACAUUGCAAUUUUAGCUCGGAAGGGUAGCCAACUGGUACGAACCAGAAGAGAACAAAUCGAGAGAAAGAAAGCUCAGAAGAAGGAAUGGGAAAUAGCUGGAACAAAGUUGGGUAACAUUCUGGGGAUUAAACGAGAAGAUGACAAGGAUGAUGCUGUUGAUGAAGAAGGAAGUGUCAACUAUAAGUCUGAACAAAGGUUUGCUGAUCACAUGAAAAAGCGGACUGAAGCAUCUAGUGACUUUGCAAGACAGAAGUCACUAAAGGAACAGAAACAAUAUCUUCCUAUUUAUGCAUGCAGACAAGAGUUGCUAAACAUCAUAAGAGAAAACAAUGUCGUUGUUAUUGUUGGUGAAACUGGAUCUGGUAAAACAACUCAACUUACACAGUAUUUACAUGAAGAUGGUUAUUCACAGUUUGGUGUUAUUGGCUGCACUCAGCCUCGACGAGUUGCUGCUAUGUCAGUAGCCAAGAGAGUAAGUGAUGAGAUGGAUGUUGAACUUGGUGAACAAGUCGGCUAUGCGAUUCGAUUUGAAGAUGUUACUUGCAAGAGAACAUUAAUAAAGUACAUGACUGAUGGCAUACUUCUUCGAGAAUCAUUGAGGGAGUCUGAUCUUGACAGCUAUAGCGCCAUAAUUAUGGAUGAGGCUCAUGAACGCUCACUCAAUACAGACGUAUUGUUUGGUCUUUUGAGAGAGGUCGUUGCUCGGCGGAGAGAUCUUAAGCUUCUGGUUACAUCAGCCACCAUGGAUGCUGAUAAGUUUGCUACUUUUUUUGGUAAUGUUCCCGUUUAUCAAAUUCCUGGAAGAACAUUUCCUGUAGAUGUGUUUUAUAGUAGAAAUCCUUGUGAAGAUCACGUGGAAAAUGCUGUGCGUCAAACAAUACAGAUUCAUCUUCAGGCACCACCAGGUGACAUUCUAGUCUUUAUGCCUGGUCAGGAAGAUAUUGAAACUACUUGUGAUGUCAUAACAGACAGGUUAGAAGAGGUAGAAGAGACUCCUCCUUUGACUAUACUUCCUAUCUAUUCGCAGUUGCCAUCUGACUUGCAAGCAAGAAUCUUUCAGAAAGCGCCAGAUGGUGUAAGGAAGUGUGUUGUAGCAACAAAUAUUGCAGAAACGUCUCUGACUGUCGAUGGGAUUAUGUAUGUCAUUGAUCCAGGCUUCUGUAAGAUGAAAGUUUUUAAUCCACGUAUCGGCAUGGAUGCUCUGCAAAUCUACCCAAUCAGUCAGGCGAAUGCCAAUCAAAGAUCCGGUCGUGCUGGAAGGACUGGUCCUGGCCAGUGUUUUCGUCUGUACACGGAAGGCUGCUACAAGAACGACUUGUUAGAAACAGCAGUUCCUGAGAUUCAGAGAACCAAUCUUGCUAAUGUCGUUCUCUUACUCAAGUCCCUUGGUGUCCAGGACUUACUCAAGUUUCACUUCAUGGAUCCUCCACCACAGGAUAACAUAUUAAACUCCAUGUACCAGCUGUGGGUUCUAGGUGCUUUAGACAACACUGGAGCAUUGACACCUCUUGGAAGACAGAUGGUUGAGUUUCCUCUUGAUCCUGCACUGUCGAAGAUGUUGAUAGUGUCUGUAGAUAUGGGUUGUAGCACAGAGAUUUUAGUAAUUGUGUCAAUGCUGUCUGUUCCUGCAAUCUUUUAUCGCCCUAAAGGUCGUGAAGAAGAAAGUGAUCUUGCUCGAGAAAAGUUUCAAGUACCUGAAAGUGACCACUUGACAUUGCUGCAUGUUUAUCAGCAAUGGAAAGCUAACCACUACUCUGCCCAAUGGGCAACAGAACAUUUUAUUCACAUCAAGGCACUUAAAAAGGUUAGGGAAGUACGAGCGCAACUGAAGGAUAUCAUGGAUCAACAAAAGAUGAUCCUUAUUUCAUGCGGGACAGACUGGGAUGUACCCAGAAAAUGCAUUUGCUCAGCAUACUUUUUCCAAGCUGCAAGACUGAAGGGUAUUGGUGAGUAUGUGAAUUGUAGAAAUGGAAUGCCUUGCCAUCUUCAUCCAACCAGCGCUUUAUUUGGAAUGGGUUUUACCCCGGAUUACGUCAUUUACCAUGAGCUUGUCAUGACAAGCAAAGAAUACAUGCAGUGUGUCACUGCAGCAGAGGGUGAGUGGUUGGCUGAGCUUGGCCCUAUGUUUUACAGUAUCAAAGAGACAGCUAGAUCUCGUUUGUUACGUGAUGCUGAUGCUAAAUCUCAGCUAAAUGCUAUGGAAGAGGAAAUGGAAGCUGCUGCUGAAGCCAUGCGCCAAAGAGAAAUAGAAGAGGAGAAUAAAAAAGUCUCUAUGACACCAAGAGGGAAGAUUUACACACCAGGAAGAAGGGAUCCUGGAACACCCAAGAGGACUCCAGCUAGGUUUGGUAUAUGAGGACUGGAGACUUCAUGUUCAAUCUUACAAGAAAUGUAGUAGCAAUAGCUAGGAGUAGUAUUAAUUUACUGUUACUUACACUGCUGUCUUAAUUAGUUCAAAAUUAACUAAUGUUAUCGGGAAAAUGAAUACAUAAGUAUUAAUGCACUGUUUGCAUGGUCUGUGUCGGGUAUGUUGAUUUCUUUAUCAUGUAGUGGUUGAGAGAAUUGGAAGUUCAUAUCUACCA